UUCCGAGAGACAGAGACCGAGAGAGAGAGAGAGAGAGUGAAUCCGCUUUUUCCGGCGACAAUUUCCAGCAGAAGCUUCACCGUUCCCUACAGAAACCACUUUUCCCGGUGGCUUUCUUUUCUGUAACUCGGCUUCCAGAACCCUUGCCGGCGCCGGAGAUUCGUUCUCGUCUUGCUUUCCGGAGACAUUUCCGGUGUACGCCCAGUCCUGACCUCCGCAUUCUAGUGGUGUUUAGAUCGAACUGCUUUGCUGUUACUUGGCCGCUUUUCCUUCAGCCUUCAGAGCUCUAAGCGAAUCGACGGUUUUAAGUGAGAUUUCUAGGGUUUUUCAACCUCUCACCUUCUAAAAAUCCGCUUCUGUUUCUGCUGUGCUUUUCGAUUUACCGGCCUUUUCACAGGGCGGCUUGAGUUUGAAGGAUCCCAAAUCUUUGAUGGAAGCCUAAGAACUAAAUGAGGUUUUGUUUGCAGCUGGUGAUUAGAAAUGAAGAACUUCUUUUGUCUGUUUGUUUUGCUUCUUCUAGUUCCCAUUUCGGCGAGAUCUUUGAAUCCAUCUCUGAAUGAUGAUGUUCUGGGAUUGAUAGUCUUCAAGGCUGACAUUCAAGAUCCGAGUGGAAAAUUAGUUUCUUGGAAUGAAGAUGAUGACAGUCCCUGUAACUGGGUUGGUGUAAAAUGCAACCCAAGAUUCAACAGGGUAUCAGAGCUUGUCCUUGAUGGGUUUGCUCUCUCAGGACGGUUAGGCAAGGGCCUACUCCAAUUGCAGUUUCUUCGGAAGUUGUCACUGGCAAAUAACAAUCUUACAGGGAAUAUAGGACCCAGUCUUACCAGACUGGAGAACUUACGAAUCCUGGACUUGAGCCAGAACAGUCUUUCUGGAUCAAUCCCUGAUGAUUUCUUCCAACGAUGUGGCUCUCUAAGGUCAAUUUCCUUGGCCAAGAACAAGUUUUCAGGCCAAAUUCCAGACGACUUGAGCUCCUGCUCCACACUUGCUGCAAUCAACUUCUCUUCCAAUCAGUUUUCUGGUUCAUUACCUACUGGGAUCUGGUCUUUGACUGGGCUUAGAUCAAUUGAUCUCUCAGAUAAUCUUUUGGAGGGUGAGAUUCCAGAGGGCGUUGAAGGAUUGAAUAAUUUGAGAGCAAUUAACUUGAGGAAGAAUAAAUUUAAAGGCAAGAUUUCUGAUGGAAUUGGUAGUUGCUUACUUUUGAGGUCAAUUGAUUUUAGUGAAAACUCCCUAUCAGGGAAUCUUCCAGACACGAUGCAGAAGCUUACCUUGUGCAAUGAUCUAAAUUUACAUGAAAACUUGUUUGCAGGUGAGCUUCCUGAGUGGCUCGGAGAAAUGAGAAGACUUGAGAUGUUGGAUCUUUCUGAUAACAGCUUCUCUGGUCAGGUUCCUACAUCAAUUGGGAACCUCCAGUCCUUGAAGGUGCUGAAUAUUUCUACAAAUGCUUUUACUGGGAAUUUGCCAGAGUCCAUGAUCAACUGUGAGAACCUUGUGGUUGCAGAUUUCAGCCACAAUUUAUUGAUGGGUAGUCUUCCUGUUUGGAUAUUUAAAUUGAGUGUACAGGAAGUUGUAUUUUCAGGAAAUAGAUUAAGUGGGAGCAUGGAUAGUGCUUUUGCUUCCUCUGCAGAAACGUCACACCAAAAGCUUCUUGUAUUGGAUUUAUCCAGCAAUGCAUUGUCUGGUAACAUUCCUUUUGCUGUUGGGGAUUUUAGCAGCUUGCAGGUCCUGAAUUUGUCUAGGAACUCACUUGAUGGUGGUAUUCCAGCAAGUGUUGGAGAACUAAAGGCUUUGGAUAUUCUGGACUUGAGUGAAAAUAGGUUAAAUGGAAGCAUUCCUUUGGAAAUUGGGGGAGCGUUAUCUCUUAAAGAAUUGAAACUGGAGAAGAACUUAUUGUCUGGAACGAUUCCUAUGUCUAUUGAAAAUUGCUCUUCACUAACAUCAUUGAUUCUUUCAAGGAACAACCUUACUGGCUCAAUACCUGCAGCUGUUGCAAAACUUGUUAACCUUCAGGUUGUAGACUUGUCUUUUAAUAAAUUCGUUGGAACCCUACCAAAGCAACUGGCAAAUCUUGCCCGGCUUGUCUCCUUCAACAUAUCACACAACCAGCUCCAAGGUGAACUGCCUGCUGGUAGUUUUUUCAACAGAAUUGCCCCGUCUUCUGUCUCAGGCAAUCCGUCACUUUGUGGGGCUGCGGUCAACAGGACUUGUCCAACUGUCCUUCCCAAACCUAUUGUCCUGAAUCCCAAUUCUUCUGAUUCCACUCCUGGUCCUGUCCCCCAAAUUCUUGGCCACAAGAAAAUCAUCCUGAGCAUUUCUGCCCUCAUUGCAAUUGGUGCAGCUGCUGUGAUUGUUAUUGGAGUAAUUGCUGUAACUGUCCUCAACCUCCGUGUCCGGUCUACCACAUCCCGCUCAGCAGCAGCUCUGACAUUAUCCGGUGGUGAUGACUUCAGCAAUUCCCCCACUACAGAUGCCAACUCUGGUAAGCUUGUCAUGUUUUCAGGGGAGCCUGACUUCAGCAUGGGAGCACAUGCUUUGCUCAGCAAGGAUUGCGAACUUGGACGUGGUGGAUUUGGAGCAGUCUACCGGACAAUGCUUCGAGAUGGCCGGCCAGUUGCCAUCAAGAAGCUUACUGUCUCCAGUCUGGUGAAAUCCCAAGAAGACUUUGAGAGGGAAGUUAAGAAAUUGGGAAAAAUCCGACACCAUAACCUUGUUGCGCUUGAAGGCUAUUACUGGACUCCGUCCCUGCAGCUCCUCAUAUAUGAAUUUGUGUCUGGUGGAAGUUUGUAUAAGCACCUCCAUGAGGGUUCAGGUGGAAACUUCCUGUCAUGGAAUGAUAGAUUCAAUAUAAUUCUUGGGACAGCUAAAAGUUUGGCUCACCUCCACCAGAUGAACAUAAUCCAUUACAAUCUAAAAUCAAGCAACAUCCUCAUUGAUGGCGCCGGCAGUGCUAAAGUGGCAGAUUUUGGCCUGGCAAGGCUGUUGCCAAUGCUAGACCGUUAUGUUCUGAGCAGCAAGAUUCAGAGCGCCCUAGGCUACAUGGCACCUGAAUUUGCAUGCCGGACUGUAAAAAUCACCGAGAAAUGCGAUGUCUACGGGUUUGGGGUUCUGGUUUUGGAGGUGGUAACCGGAAAGCGGCCUGUUGAAUACAUGGAAGAUGAUGUGGUAGUACUUUGUGACAUGGUCAGAGGAGCCCUGGAAGAAGGGAAGGUGGAGGAAUGUGUUGAUGGGAGGUUGCAGGGGAAUUUCCCUGCGGAUGAGGCAAUUCCAGUAAUGAAAUUAGGCUUAAUCUGCACAUCUCAAGUGCCAUCAAACCGGCCCGACAUGAGCGAGGUGGUUAACAUUCUGGAGCUGAUCAGAUGCCCUUCUGAUAGCCAGGAGGAAUUGGUAUGAACUAAGAACUUAACUUUAUUUUCCAGAAGUUGAUUCAACGAGAAAAAGGAUGUACAAUGGCGAAGAAGAAUCCGGUUGGUUUUAGUUAGAGAAAGAAGAAGACAGGAUUGGUUGCUGGAGGUUUUUGCUUUUGCUUUUGCUUUGCUUUUGUUUCUUGUCCCGAAGAUUUUUAGUUUAUGUUGCAGCUUCUUCUUGGUGGGUUGCCGGAUUCUUUUUCACCGGGUUCCAGUUUUGGGGCCCUUUUGGACAUCAUACCAAUUAGUGAAGAACCUUUCAUUUCCUGCUGUAAUUGUCAUCAUCUUUGUUUAAUUGAUACUUUGUGCUGGUGUUAACUUCUUCUGACUAUGUAUGUUCUAACUGCGGUAGCCAGCCUUUCAAUCUGGUUGAUCUCUCAAACUAAUCAAAGGAUCCUUGUCUAUUUCAUGCUUCUAGUUUGU